AUGUCGCUUACGCUGAAUCCAAGUGCUUCUGCCAACUCUUUUGGGUCGAGUCACAGGUGUCAGUCACUUCACACUCCUAUACACACAACGGUUCGUCGUGUGCGGACGCCCCAGCAGUCAACGGUGAAGUACGUGGAGGCAUUGGACCAUCUCAGCACGAAGCUUAAGAUUCCCACCAGUGCGGUGGAGCCAACGAAUGCGUUACAGGAUGAUGGACUUGUGCCGGGCAUUUGUCGUCUGUUUCUUGAGGGCCGAUGUAAGCAAGGCAGUCGUUGUUUUCAGGUUCACGUUCAGCAGGAUGUACUGGAGUUUCUCCGCAAGGAAACCCUUGAGACCCCAUCUUGCUGUUAUCUGCAUGGGGCUCCAUGCAAUUACGAAGGGUUGCCUUUCGCUUUAACGGUAAACAUUGGAAGCAAAACCGUCGGGCUCCACUCCCUAAAUCCGACAAACUACCUGUGGAGUAUAUACAACGAGCAUGGAGAGAGUCAACUUGCCGUGUCGAAGGGGCGUGUCUGUCGCGAGCACCGACGCGGUUUGUGCCGCUUUGGUGAGGAGUGCGGUUUUCUGCACAUUUGCCGAGAGAUACCGCUGGACGGCGAUGAGUAUAUCAGCGCAACACCUGUAUCCAUUCCACGCGUGCACAACAGGGCGUCUCUCUCUGGCAGUGUUCCUGCUUCAACCGCCAAUAACAUGCAUCAUAACAAUGGAGACGUCGCUGGUGAUGGCCACUCACAAAAUAUGUGUGGGCUUCACACUGAGGACGCCAACGGGGCUGCGCAAUCUCUCAAUGCUAGCAGCUUUAAUGCCUGUAGUUUCAACGGGGGCUAUCCCACAGGUGGUCUGAAUGGUCACUACGGGAACUAUAAUAACCAGUGUACUUCCUUCCUUGGAGGCGAGAGUGGGUGCGGUUCUCUUGCUAGUGUACCUCGUAGUCGUACGUCCUUCAGUUACCGUAUGAAAAAUAUGGCCAGUGGCGACAGCGAGGAUGGGGUAGUGAGGGGACCAUUGCUUCGUCCUUUGGGAGGAGUUGCUCCUUCCCGGGGCUUGACGAGUCAGCGGCACAAUCCCUACGGUGAUGCCUCUUCUCCUCAGUAG